AUGCCUCGUGCAGCAAAGAAGUCAAUUCCCAAGCAGUCGUUCAGGAUCGCCAAGGAGCGGCGGCCGCGGCCGACCACCAAAGGCACAGAGUUCAAAGCCAGCUAUUUCAAGAACCCCACGCUCUUCACCGUCAUUAAUGGCUGGGGGGCUGGGGCCGACACCUACCAUCUCCAUCGGGAGCUUCUCAUGGGGCGUUGUCCCUACUUUACCAGCCUGCUGUCGGUCGAUGGCGAGGAAGCCUCUGCGAAUUUGGCGAGGCUUCCCGAUCCAGUCUCGUCCAAAGUCUUUGAGCCAUUCCUCCUAUCGCACGCAGAACUAGCCAUGUUUGCAGACGAAAUGCUCAUGGCGGACCUCAAAGACGCUGCAACGAGAAACCUCUCCUCAGCGCUUCGUUGUCAUUCCUCCUCGGGAGCUGACUGGGGGAUUGUUUCGUUGUUGGCCGAUAUCUACGAGAGAACCGAGGACGAGUACGCCGGUGAAGAAGAGUGGCCAAGCCGCAAGGCCAGUCUCCGCGACAUUGUCACGGAGUACUGCGCCAGGAACAUGCGUGCAUUGUUGAAAUGCACCGUGUUCGUGGCGUUGGUCAAGGACUUUGGAGAGUUGGCCCAUACUCUUCUGUUGUGGCAGACACGUAUACUUCGUGACGAGGACUCGGAUGCCGAGUGA